AUGGUAUCAGAGCACGCUACUGUGGGAGAGAGUGGCACCAACGGGCAGAGGAUCGCUCGACUGGAGGAGCAGAUUGCCCGUCUUCUUCUUUCCAUGGAGGCCAUGGAGGCCAUGGAAGCAAGCAUCGGAGCUGUGGAGGGAUGGCUAGAUGCAACAGAGCCAGUAGUGCCGGAGGUUGUAGGACCGUCAUCUACAUCGUGGGCCGACGCCAUUGAUAUGGUAGAAAUCUGGGCUUUUGUGGAAGCUCUAGCGGCAGAUGUAUGCCUCCUGAAACAUGCACUUUCGCGAACAUAGGAGAGCCGCACGACAUCUUGGGCCAAGGUCCCCGAGCAGAUAGUAUUUGCCGGCGUCAGGAAUGCCGAGUUAGAGAACUUCCUUUGGGAUCUAGACCAGUAUUUUCGGGCGAUACAUACUCCCGAAGCGGAGAAGGUCACGCUGGCGAGCAUGUACCCCGCCCGUGACGCUAAGUUGUGGUGGUGCACACGGACGGAGGAUCUAGCUAGACUUGCCAUCGAAUCGUGUGAGGACUUCGUCCGGGAGCUCAAGAAGCAAUUACUCCUGACGAAUAGUGCAUGGAUGGUGUUAAUGUUUGAUUUCUAG